CAGAUAAAAACAUCAUCGGUUGGUUUUGUGAGUAGAGCCGGAAAGGCGAGAGGGAUCUGCGUGUCUGGGCCGUUUCAGUUUUGCUUUUAAAGCGCCACUGAGGAAAAAAAGGAAAUACAUCUUAGGACAAAACCGCCUUUAGCUAUGACAGAAGGAGAUAACCAAAGUGUGAAUACACUCGCCCAGGCGACGGCCCAGCUGGAGGAUCAGCUGCAGGGCUGGGGAGAGGUGAUCCUAGCUGGGGACCAGGUGCUGCGCUGGGAGAAACCAUGGUUCCCGGGAGCUCUGGUGGGAGCCACCACACUGCUCUUCGCGUUGAUAUACUACCUGGACCCGUCGGUGCUGACCGGCCUGUCCUGCGCCGUCAUGUUGCUGUGUCUGUCUGACUACCUGGUGCCCACCCUGGCGCCCCGCGUCUUUGGAUCCAACAAGUGGUCUUCAGAGCAGCAGCAGCGUUUCCAUGAGAUCUGUGGUAACCUGGUGAAGACUCAGCGCCGUGUGAUUGGCUGGUGGAAGAGGCUCUUCGCCCUGAAGGAGGAGAAACCCAAGAUGUACUUUGCGUCAGUGAUCAGUGGUCUGGUGACAGUGGCCUGGAUUGGACAGCAGGUCCACAACCUGUUUCUGACCUACCUGAUUGUGAGCUUCCUGCUUCUGCUUCCUGGUCUGAACCAGCAUGGCGUCAUUAGCAAGUACGCGGGUAUGGCCAAGAGAGAGAUCAACAAGUUGCUCAAACAGAAGGAGAAGAAGAACGAGUAGGAGAGAAGAGGGCGUCUGUGAGAUGGAAGACGGAAGUGAGAGAAGAUGACGUCGACAUGAAAAGAAACUUAGACGGAACUAAACAAGAGAAGACAAAGCUUAAAAGUACAUUAGUACACCCUCAGUCUACACAUGAUCAACUCCACACGCUGAAUGACUCUCUUUGACCCCUGACCUGUUGAAAUAGGAAGUGUUUGUGCAUCUACCCACCCAUGCAUGCAGUCACCACAUCUUGCCGGGCUUUAGUUUUUCCUUCCUUCCUCCACACACACACACACACACACACACUCUCAUCCCUGCUCUGUUUAUCUGAAUAAUUCAUGUGUUUAAUGAUGCCAGUCACUCUCCCUAAUGCUCUUGCUUAUUUUAUGUCACUCAUGAUUAGCCAGUGGGAGACUACUGAACACAAACCUCUAGCUCUGUUUAUCAGGCCCCACAGCCUCACAGCAUGAAUCCAUCUCAGGCCUGACUCCCCCUGUGAGGCUAGCCAGGGGCUCAGUCUGAAAUGGUGCCCCAGCCUCUAUUUAAUUACACUGCUGAAAUGCAGUUAGGGGGCCAUUUUGAGACGGCCAAUGUAAUAGAUUUUCAGAUGCCGUCUCUUAUUGCUUGAGAAAGCUUGAAUGUACACCUGUGGUCGACCGCGCUGGAUUUAGCUUUUAGCUUCCUGCUUCGGCUUUGUUUUUAAUAUUGUACUGAAACCGUAGAAGAAACUGGAGUUUGAGAAAUGGGAUUCCAUUUGGGUCUCUUUUGAUGUUUGUAAUAUAUUGUGGCAGUGUGUGAGGUGAGACUUGUUCUGGCCCAUUCAGGUGGCCCUGGUGUAAGCACAGACCUGGGAUCAGCUGAACUCUGACCUUAAUAACUAGAGGGGUAGCACCAGUUUGUCCUUGGAUUAGUGUGUAGGCUUUGGGUGGAUUUGAGCCACUGCUGAAACCCUGGUAACUGGACCUGCUGGUCCCUUAGCUGCCCCCCCCCUCCCCCCCUCACUGGUCUGGGGUACCUCUGAUUGUAAAUAUGCCUCCUCUCCACCCAUCCAUCCUCCAUCUUUCUCAUCUGUGUCCUGUGUUUUAUUCUUAACCUAUCCUUUAUCGGUUCCUGUCAUGCAGUUCUUCUGUAUUUUGUGAAUUGUCAAUGAAGAACGAAUAAAGUGUGAUUUAAAU